GGACGGAAGAAGACGACAUGCAUGAAUGACUAAUAAAGCUCGAAGGAACGUCAUUGUUCCACUUUGCUGUUGACUCAUAGACGGGACAAAACAGGUACUGUGAUAAUGAGCACGCUCGGCUCCCGAUACAGUGCACAUGUGCGUGAUGAGGGUAAUUUGGCCUGCGGCAGCAGCUGUGAUAGGCGGUCCCUGCUGUAUAUGAUGAGGCGAGGUCUCCGACGUGCCAGAGACAGCCAGCCUUGAACCCGCUCGUGUCGCAGCGCCCGGCGUCAGGGGAGAACUCGGAGUUGGGCCGGGAGCUCCCAGUCAGUCCCUGGCCUCCUCAGCAGUCGCACGGUACCUCCUCAGCAGUCGCACGGCGCUCCGUGACCGGCUGUCUGCGCGCUCUGAGGCCGCGGGGAUUUCCUAUCAGCAGUACCAUGGAGCUGACAGGACGUCUGUUGCUGCUGGCGGCUGCCGCGCUGCCCCUGGAGGCCACACCGCCGGACGUGACUGUCGCACAGGGCCGCAUGGUUGGCCAGAUCGACACCAGCCUCGCCGGCGAGACCUUCUACUCGUUCCAGGGCAUUCCGUACGCCAAGCCACCUGUGGGAGUCCUACGGUUCAAGCGCACAGAGCCGGCCGAGCCGUGGUCAGGAACUCUCGACGCCACCACCACGGGCAAUGUGUGUCCGCAGUCCUUCGUUCAGUACGAGGGCGACGAGGACUGUCUGUUCCUCAACGUCUACACGCCAAAGUUGCCAUCCGACACUACUGAGCCGCUGGACGUCAUGGUUUGGAUUCAUGGCGGCGCGUUCCUCUUCGACUCCGGCGACCCCGACGACUACGGGCCGGGAUUUUUCAUGGACGAGAACGUGGUGCUGGUCACGCUCAACUAUCGCCUGGGAGUGCUAGGUUUCCUCAGCACAGAGGACUCCUCCUCCUGGGGAAACUACGGCCUGUACGACCAGCAGAUGGCCCUCCAGUGGGUGCACGAUAACAUCGCGGCGUUCGGCGGAGACCCCGACCGGGUCACCAUCUUCGGGGAGAGCGCCGGCGGAGCGUCCGUGCACUACCAGAUCAUCUCUCCUCUCUCCAGAGGUCUAUUCCAUAGGGCCAUCUCGCAGUCGUCCACGGCUCUGGUGUUCUGGGCGAGCGGGGUGGCGCAGCGGGACCUGGCCGAGCGGCUGGCCGCCGCCGUGGGCUGCGGCGGCACCAGCAGCACCGUCGACCUGGUCAACUGCCUCAGGGAGGUGCCCGCCAAGGACCUGAUCCUGUCCGCCGACAGGACGUUCAAGCUGUGGUCCCUCUACCCCGGCACGUUUACAUUCCGGCCGAAUGUGGAGCCGGGCGUGGAGGGCGCCUUCCUGCCGGCCGACCCGCGCGCGCUGAUCGACGCCGGAGAGUUCAGCCCCGUGCCCUGGAUCACGGGCGUCAACCGCGACGAGGGCGGCACAUUCGCCAGCUUCCAUCUGAUGAACGCCACCGCGCUGGAGGAGCUGCGGAACAAGCCGGACGAGGCGGGUCCCAUCUGGCUGGGAAUGGAGAGCACGGCUGCCGACCCGGGCGACAUCUAUCGUCAGAUUAAAGAGUUCUACUUCGGAGACCAAGAGCCAGGGCUCACCAGCAUCCACCAGUUCAACAAGGUGGAGGGGGACCGCUACUUUGUGACGGGAGUGGACGCGGCCGUGAAGGCCCACGCCGAGGUCGGCCUGGCGCCCGUUUACAAGUACGUCAUCGAACAGCCUCCCAGCAUCGCUACGCCAGCAAUCGUGGCGGGAAAGAUGGGCAACAAGGAGCUGCACCACCUGACCUGGGGCACUUGUCACUUUGACGACAUCCGCUUCCUGUUCACUGGGGAGACGUUCCCCGUGGACCCGGUGGACCGCCAGUUCGGGCGAGCGCUCACAAACAUCUGGGCCAACUUCGCGAAGACGGGCCGGCCCACCACCGACCUGAUCCCGAUGCCCGAGUGGGAGCCCUACAGCGCCGCGCGCGACAACCACAUGCGACUCUCUCUGCGGCCGGCCCCCGGCGCGCGCGCCUUCAGCGAGAGGAUGCAGUUCUGGCACGGCCUGGCGCUCGAGGAGGGAUGGAGGACGACUGGUACCCGCCGCGUGCGGCCUGCCCGGGCCGAGCGUGACGAGCUGUGAACACUGAAUGGCAUCGGGCGGAUCUAGGUGGCGUUAGUUGCUGAGGCCAAUCUGGGCAGCGCCGCUGACGGGAUCCGUCCUAGCCACUCCACGAGCUGAAUAAUCCAGGCGGCGCCACUGCUCUCGAGGAGGACCGCAGAGCGAACGAUGCAACUGUUCCUGCAACGCUAAUGCUGGUCAUGAGGCACCAACAACCAACUGUGCAUUCUGCACAGUCUGACUGCGUGAGGUAAUCCGAUUAGCAGCAUGCUAAUCUGCAGCUGACUGGUGGUGUUGCGCUAAAGAAAGUGGUGGUGGUCCGUUCUAGCGGGUAGCGGUGCGCUAUGAGCGGUUAGCAUGAGCGAGGUGUGAAAAGCGCGGCGUUAUUAGAUGCAUACUGGGGUGAAAUCCCAGAUGUUGGAUGUCCAUUUGUACCACCUGUAAAUAUUAGUCUAAUAUUCACUCGAUGCAAAAAUAAAUGAAUAAAUAAUAAGUAAAUAAAUA